AUGCUCUAUCCUAUUAUUGAAGCAUUUGGUAAACUUGGUUUACCCGGUGUAAGAAAUGAUGAUUUUUUUGACCGACUUAGUCGAAAAUAUUCGAUAAUUAUUUUUGGUAUAUGUUUUAUUAUUGUUACAACAACACAGUUUGUUAGUAAUCCAAUUCAUUGUUUCACACAAAUGGUCGAUAGUAAAUAUAAAAUCGAUUAUGUGAAUUGGGUGUGUUGGAUUAGUUCAUCGUAUUAUUUACCAUUUGAUAAACCACUUCCAAAUCGAAAUCAAUCACGACCUGAAAAAAUUCCUUAUUACCAAUGGGUACCAUUUAUUCUUUUUGGUAUGAUGAUACUUUUCUAUAUACCUGGCUUUAUUUGGCGAAAGAUAAAUCGAAAUUGUGGUAUUGAUACAAAAGUUAUUACAAGUAUUAUAGCAGAUAUGGAUCCAUUACAUAGUGAAAAUCGACAAGAUGCUAUGAAUAUGUUAGUUAAACAAAUUGAUAAAGCAUUAACUUAUCAUCGUGAUUAUCAUCAUGGAUUUAUGUUUAGUACGUGGAAACGGUUUUCAUGUUUAUCAUGCUGCAGUUUAAGUCAACAUUCUGGAAAUUAUUUAGUUUGUGGUUAUAUUCUUGUUAAAUUACUUUAUAUAGCUAAUGCUAUUGGUCAACUUUUUCUUCUCAAUAUUUUUAUGGGUCAAAAAUUUUAUUUAUAUGGUUUUGAAGUUCUUCAAAAAUGGUUUCAUGGACAAGAAAUAAAAGCUCUUGAAAGAUUUCCACGUAUAACUAUGUGUCGAUUUAUUCUUCGAACAUUUGGUGAUAAUAUUCAACCAUAUGAUGUUCAAUGUCUUCUACCAAUUAAUAUAUAUAAUGAAAAAAUUUUUUUAAUGAUUUGGUUUUGGCUUGCUUUUGUUUCUAUUAUGUCUAUCUAUGGUUUAAUAAAAUGGUUGCAUUAUUUUACUUUCAAAUCACGUAAAAAUUUUAUUCAUCAUUUUCUAAAAGCAAAUCAAAUUGAUUGUUAUUCGGAAAAUACAACACAUCUUAAUACUGAAAUACUUCCAACUUUUGUUGAUCGAUAUUGUCGACAAGAUGGUAUUUUAUUAUUACGUAUUGUUAAUGCAAAUGCAACGAAAGUUCUUGUUGGUGAACUUGUAUGUGCUCUUUGGAAUCAUUGGCAAAAGCAACGACAAAUUCGUAUUGAUAGUUUACCUCAACAUACUAAUAAUCACAAGGGAAAAUUACUCGAAGAUCAUGAUAAUAAUCAAUUGGGUUUAAUACCUUUGACAAUACCAAUAUCGAUUAUUAAUGAUGAUCGUUAUGUUACGUUACCACCACAAGAAAUUCAUAAAGAUACCUUGGUUACUGGUGAUUAUGAUAUAACUGACCGUCCUGGUUUACCUACACAUCUUGAAGUAAAAGAUACUAAAGGACAUAUAUUAUAUAAUAAAGAAGAUGCAAUUAAAGGAAAAUUUGCAUUUACAACAGAAGAAUUUGAUAUAUUUGAUGUAUGUUUUGAAACUAAAUUAUUACAUGGUCAACAACAACAUCAUUUAUCAUCUCAACAUACUACAAAACAAGUAACAAUACAUAUAAAACAUGGUGUUGAAACAAAAGAUUAUGAUGCAUUAGCUAAAGCUAAUAAACUUAAACCAUUAGAAAUUGAAUUAAAUCGUUUAGAAGAUUUAUCAACUUCUAUUGUAUCUGAUUUUGCUUUUAUGAAAGAACGUGAAGAAGAAAUGCGAAAUACAAAUGAAUCAACAAAUACUAAAGUUCUUUAUUUUUCUAUUUUUUCAAUGUGUUGUCUUAUGAGUUUAGCUAUAUGGCAAGUACUCUAUUUACGACGAUAUUUUAAAGCUAAAAAACUUAUUGACUAA